AUGUGGCUGGCGAUAUUACUUCUUGGAUUGGCCGCCUUCCAGACUUAUCUGUUCUCGUCUGUAAUACGAUGUAGCAUGUACAUUUCGAGAAUCGAGGAAGAAAAUCGGCGAAGAGCCACUGCAUUCGACCGAUGCAGCGAACGGGUUCGUCUUGCCAAAGAGCAAGGCGUAUGGCGUCCUCCAAGUUUGGAUAUGAGCAUUCAAAAGAAAACGGAAGAGGAUGAAGGCGGCGCAGGUGAACCGAAGAGAUCGUCGAAGAAAGGAGCUCACGUUCAAUGGAGUACCCAGACCCCAGCUGUAGCAGAAGUUGACGAAACAUUAGCGAGUCUACGAGGAUCGUUGAAACGGAGUGCUGAAAAAUUUAAGAGUCAGUCAGGGUCAGCCGAUGAAUCAGCAGGCCAACACUUCCCCAGAAACCAACGACGGCGAUCAAGUUCCCCUCAGAAGGACCGCAAAGGCUCACUGCCGUCAGCACAGAGUCCAUUACUGGGAGAGGCGUCGACAGCUUUUGGCGACGUGCCGUCAACUUCCAGAGCUGCACGGUCAGAACGGCGCAGCUCACGGGAAGCUGUUCACGGGAGCUCAUCGAGAAGUCCGAACCGGCAAAACUCCGAGAAAACAGGGCGCCGAGCGCGAUACUCUGAACCGAAUGCUGCAAUGACAACGAGGCGAGUUCAAUCAUGUGAAAAAGUGGGGAUGUAA